UAAGAGCAUUACUUAUUCAAACACAAAUGUAAAUAUUAAAGGGGGUCUUUCCGAUAUGAGGGGAAAUAAAACAUAUCCCAAACUUUUUCUUAUAUAUGAAGGUCACGAUCUAAACCAAAAUUCGCCUUUGAGGUAGACGGCAAUCAAAAUAAUUAAUUAUUUCACAUUCGAGUCUGUAUUGGAGAACCUCCUCUCCCCAAAAUAGAGCGAACGUCAAAUGCAGAUGUUCCCACGGUCUUAGCCAAUCAGAGUCUGCAUUACUAAGCUCUCUGGCCAAAAAUAGACAAGACGUCACGUGCAGGUGUACACACGGUUUUAGCCAAUGAUAGUGCGCAUGCCAGGUAAUACACGCAUUCGGGCAAGAAGAAAGAAUUUAUGGCGGAGGAGUUCGAAAUUGAAAGAAUUGUUGAGUCGGAUGAUGAUACAAGCAGUCCGAGCAGCCCAGAACAAGAAGAACCUUCCAGCAGUACCAGUUCAGGUGGUGCCAGCCAAAGAAAGCCAGAAAGACGAGAAGGAAGAUCAGGGAGACCACCAACAAGAUUAAGGGGGGUUGGUCGUGGUGCAGGCAGCAGAGCAGAGCCAGUGGCAGGUCCAAGCACCAGUGGUUUGAGGCAGGGAAGAGGCAGGAGAUCAGGAGUAAGGGGCAGGACAUCAGGAGGAAGAGGCAGGACAUCAAGAGGAAGAGGCAGGAGAUCAGGAGGAAGAGGAAGGGAAUUUCGGUUGACUGAGGAACAAGAAGAAAGAAUAAGAGAUCUCCGAGAGGCCAGGCACAAAGAACUAGAGAGCAUGUGUGAUGGUGUGGACAAGGAGGUCCUAAAAGGUAUAGUGGUGAAAGUGUGUGACCGGAAUCCUGCCCUGGCACUGGACAUAAAGAAGAUUUUGCAGGAAAACCUACCUGGUGGCAGUGACCCAGAACCUUUACCUCCACAGCCUGAUUCACCAGAUUGGUGCAUGUGUGGUGCAUGUGUAGAAAUGCCCACUGAAGCAGAGAGGCUGUGUUGUCAAAAGCCUCCUGCUGAGUGUAAAAGCAGAGACCCUGUAAUGGAAUUAAAUGUAACAGACGAAUUUCAUCUUGGGAUUAUGCGAGUAGCAAGGGGGGACAUCCUGGGCUUCCAAAAUGAAGAUAGGCAGCCAGGAGAAGAGGACAAUGCUGCCAUGCGGCACAAUGCCUAUCGUAGUUUCAUAAUGUGGCAAUAUAACAGGCUUACUCCUGGUGACCGCAGAGUAAUUCCGUCCUGUUGUGUUUGGUUCAUUAGGAAUAAGUUCCCCUCUCCCACAGGUCAGUAUAGGGGAUUUGAUCCAGGGCGUAUAGUUUAGAAGAGCAAUGGA